UACGUGAUGACGCCACAGAACAUCAACAACUCACAUGUGGCCUAGAAACGCCGUUGCUGUGCGGUGCUAGCAUCAACUGACUCCCAACCGAAACACCUCAUUUAAAAUACAUAUUACAGGGAUAAUCGCGAUUUGUACACAGCUAUACCCGAGCCAACAUGCCUCCAAAGAAACCCGAAAAGCCUGCGGGGAAUAAAAAAACUCAAGAGAAGAAAAAGGAAAAGAUAAUUGAGGACAAGACAUUUGGCUUGAAGAACAAGAAAGGGGCCAAGCAGCAGAAGUUCAUCAAGAAUGUUACUCACCAAGUCAAACAGGGAGGACCUCCAGGAGCCAAGGGCGACAAGAAGGUUGACAAGAAGAAGGAGUUGGACGAACUCAACGAGCUGUUUAAACCCAUCGUCGCUGCUCAGAAAGUCGCCAAAGGUGUUGACCCGAAGUCAGUGCUGUGUGCGUUCUUUAAGCAGGGCCAGUGUACUAAAGGGGACAAGUGCAAGUUCAGCCACGACUUGACGAUGGAGAGGAAGUGUGAGAAGAGAAGCCUCUACGUGGACGAAAGAGACGAGGAACUGGAGAAAGACACUAUGGAGAACUGGGACGAGAAGAAGCUGGAAGAGGUCAUCAACCAAAAGCACGGAGAGGCGGAGAAGAAGAAAGCCAAAACACAGAUCGUGUGUAAGCACUUCCUGUACGCCAUAGAGAAUAAUAAGUAUGGCUGGUUCUGGUCGUGUCCAGUGGGCGGCGAUGUCUGCAUGUACCGGCACGCUCUGCCUCCGGGCUUUGUACUGAAGAAAGACAAGAAGAAGGAGGAGACGGAUGAGGAAAAGAUUUCGCUGGAGGAACUGAUAGAGAACGAGCGUGCAGCGCUGGGGGUCCAUGUGACUCGGAUCACCCUGGAGACGUUCCUGUCUUGGAAGAAGAGGAAAAGGCAGGACAAGAUUGACAAAGCGAGGGAUGAGAUGGAGAAGAAGAAGGCUGACUUUAAGGCUGGGAAGUCGCUAACGGUGAGCGGGCGCGAGGUGUUCGAGUUCCGUCCAGAUUUGGUCAAUGAGGACGACGACGAAGCCGAUGAAACUCGAUAUGCCAGCGACGAUUAUGAGGAUGAGAUGGAAGAGACUGAUUCCAUAGACAUCCAGGACAUAGACCUAUCCCGUUUUGUUCCACAAGAGGUCGACAACACAGGCAUUACCGUAGCAUCCACGGACCGGUUCACCUCGAGGAAUAAAGCUCAUCCGCCGGACACAGACAACAAGGAGCAGUUGAACGGAGCUUGCGGUGGCACUGAAGCCAAUGGGCUUUCGGGGGCAGAGGAGGAUGAUGAAGAAGAAGAGGAGGAGGAAGAGGAGGAGGUGGAGGAAGUACCGGUGGACGAGAACCUGUUCACGGGAGAAGAUCUGGAGGAGCUCGACGAGGAACUCAACACACUGGCAAUGGAAGACUGAGAGGGAGUGUGUGAGAGGGGAGGGAGCGUGAGGUGGAAGGACGGACUAAGUGACAAAGGGAUGGACUGAUGGAUGCAUGGAGCUAAACUACAAAGAGACCAGAUGUUUGAAUGAUUUUAAAUUUCAGAGACUCCAGUAAUAAAGCCUGAUUAUAUCAUGACAUCACUGCCUGUCUCUGCCGCCCUCUUGUUUUUCUGUACCGCCCCUCUCACAUCCUCUGCUUUUUGUCCACGGAUGUCCAAAUUUCCACACGAUUGUCGCUCGUUUCCAUUAAAAGAGAAUUUGGCUGUUGUGCACUUUUUGUUGCGCAACAAACCCGCUGGCUGAAAUUACUUGAGAUAAAUUAGGCUUCCAGAACAGUUAAAUAUGAAUAUAGUGAUUUUCAGAGAGACAUUGUAAGGGCUUAAAAUGAAAGCACUAUACUUGUGAGAUUGUGGGACUUCAAUAACAUCGAUGGAUGUUUGAGUACUGAAGUUAAACAAUGUAGGAAAUGAGCAGGAGUUAUUCUGUUGUAAGAAACUGAAUCUGUUCAGAGUUCAUACCGAGAUGAAAGCUAGAGUUUGAAGUCUACCUGAUUGUUUUCCCUCAUACAUUUAAUUUAGCUAAGUUUAGGUGUUAGCGGUUGAAAAUUGUGUUAUGGGAAUUUCCUGUAACUUUUUAAAGGCUAAAUCCAGACCGACAAACGGUCCCCAUCGCCAGCCCAGAUCUGUAAAUACUGUUCUCAUGAGUUGCCUCCUGAAGAAAUAAAAGAUAUCUGUACAUCCA